CAGUUGAAACAAAAAAUAGUAGAAGAAGAACAGGAUUACCGGAAGUACGUCGUCUACCAGAAGGACGCAGCGAAGUGGGGCGGUAGCAAGUUAGCUCAGGAAAGAUGCUGUCAGUUUUAUCCAAUGUGCUGAGAACGUGUGCUCAAAAAAAUGGUGCUGCAGUGGUUGUGUCAGCAAGGACGUACGCUGAUUUCACAACUCAGGCUACUUUUGAGAUAAAGAAAUGCGACCUCCACAAACUGGAUGAGGGUCCGGCCACUCAGGUGGUGAUGACCCGCGAUGAGGGUCUGCAGUACUAUCGUACCAUGCAGACGAUGAGGCGAAUGGAGCUCAAGGCUGAUCAGCUGUACAAGCAAAAGAUCAUUAGGGGCUUCUGUCAUUUGUAUGAUGGCCAGGAAGCCUGUGCUGUUGGUAUCGAGGCAGCCAUUAAUAUGACCGACCAUCUGAUCACGGCCUAUCGUGCCCACGGUUACACACUGACCAGGGGAGGCACUGUCAAGGAGAUCAUGGCUGAGCUUACCGGGCGAAGAGGUGGUAUUGCAAAGGGCAAAGGAGGUUCAAUGCACAUGUACUGUCAACAUUUCUAUGGUGGAAAUGGCAUUGUUGGAGCUCAGGUUCCAUUGGGUGCUGGCGUAGCUUUAGCCUGUAACUAUCUAGGAAACCAACAGUUGUGUGUCUGUCUUUAUGGUGAUGGUGCUGCCAAUCAGGGUCAAAUUUUCGAGACAUACAACAUGGCCGCACUUUGGAAACUGCCCGUCAUCUUCAUCUGUGAGAACAACAGAUAUGGCAUGGGCACGUCAGUGGAACGAGCAGCAGCCAGCACGGACUAUUACAAGAGAGGAGACUACAUCCCUGGUCUCAGGGUAGAUGGGAUGGAUGUCCUGUGUGUUCGGGAAGCAACCCGGUUUGCAGCUGAUAUGUGCCGAGCUGGGAAAGGUCCCGUUUUGAUGGAACUUCAGACGUACCGCUACCACGGUCACAGCAUGAGUGAUCCCGGUGUCAGUUACCGCACACGUGAGGAGAUCCAGGAAGUGCGCAGUAAGAGUGACCCCAUCUCUUUGCUAAAAGACCGCAUGCUCAGUAACAACAUGGCAAGUGUGGAGGAGCUGAAGGAAAUUGACGUGGAGGUGAGAAAGGAAAUUGAAGAUGCUGCCCAGUUCGCUACCACUGACCCCGAACCGCCACUGGAAGAACUGUGCAACCACAUCUUUCACAACGAUCCACCCUUGGAGGUGCGGGGAACCAACCCAUGGACCAAGCUGAAGUCUGUCAGUUAAUUUUUUUCUUCACCUCCAUCCUGCUGCCUUUAAGCAGCAAACUGUCAUCCUGUAGCUAUUCAAGUCACACCCUGACCCAAUUAAAGUCACAUAUAAGAACAACAACGUGAAGUGUAAGAAACGUGUUUUAUGUCAACAGUGUGUUUUUAACACACCUGGGGCUUUCCCAAAGUAAUUGUGCAAGAGGUGACUGCAGUUUUACAUUCAUUUAGCACUCGUGUCAAGAACUCCUGAAGAAAGCAACAACCUGACAAGAAACCGCCAUUCAGGAGGAUAAUUCGGUUUAUGUGCCAUGAUGAUUGCAAUUGAAAAAUGUUAUCUUUCAAACACUGUUAGCACUUAUAAUUCCUUGACUUCAGUUGGCAACAGCGUAUGACGGAUGUUGCCUGUCAACUGUCUAAUUAUGUUUAAGUGUCACACUCCAAAACGGGCAGCUUAUUAAGUACAUAACGGGACAAGUAUUUUGCCCACGAAAAACCAUAUACGGUAGAAUGUCCAUAUCUGUUUUGAUGCAGCUUGUUGCAGAAUUGCUCUGCCACUGACUGUUACAUUGAGAGGCUGGUCUUUUUGAGCAUCAUGCAAUAAACUAAAUUUCAAAUCCUGCUUUUUGUUCUCUAGUUUUUAAAGGUGCACAAUGUAGGAUUGGAGUCCAAUAAUGGUAAUGCAACUAGAUCAAAAUAUUGACUAGCACAAAAUGCCCUCCCCCUUCGGGUUGCCAAAAUACCUCUUCAUAUUGGAGGAACUGCAGGACCGUGGAUCCACAUUCUAAAUAACGUUGCACCACAGUGGAUCAACGUGCUAAAUAAGGUAGCACAACCACGCCAAAUGGAUAUAUAUCCUUGUUUUGUUUCUCUUGUCUUGAAUCCUUUGAGAUUUGUAAUGUUUUUUUGCUUGAGUUAUAGAUGUAAUCCAGUUAUCGCUGCCUUUGUUUACGGGGCGUACAGAGCUGUGGAGAUCCGGUGUUCGGCCAUUCCUUACUUCGCGGCGAAACGUCCUACACAAUGCUCAGCGCGCUUGCGCAAGCCAUCCAUACGCAUGCGCACAUCGGUUAAAAGCGGCGAGUACUCACUAUUUUUGUUAUUUAGUUUUUUAGUACCUUUUCAUUGCCUCAAAAAUACUUUUUGCAUGUAUUACCUCAUCCUACAUUUAACCAUUGUGUUUUAUGUGUUAGCUUUGAAGCAGUUUACAACAUUAGUCACGUAGCGUAUUUAAACCGUCCUUAUUUGAUAUAGCUACAUUUAAGUAUUUUCUAAAGGCAUUUUUUUAGUACGUUCUGCCCGUAUGCAUUCAAACAAAACAAGUUUAGAGCGCACGGUAGUAUUUUGGGUGUCAAAUUCGACUCAUGUAGGACGUUUUGCCGAUGUAGCAGAUUUUGGCAGAACACCGGACGAUGACUGGAAACUGUUCUCAUGACUGGCUGAUGACGAACAUGAAAGCAGUACAGAAAUUUGUGACGCGUAAAUCGUCUUUUAAAAUCAAUACUGUAAUACUUGACUGAAACCCGGAGCCAAGCGACAACCACUACAAUACACGCCUCAUACCUACCACGCCCCUACAAACUACGUCCACGUGAUGCUAUGGUGGUAGCGUCUGAUGCGUCUCAUUGAUAUCUAGGGCUGCAGCUAUCGAUUAUUUUAGUAGUCAAUCAACUAGUGAGUUCGAAUAAUUGAGUAAUCGGAUUAGGAACACUUAAUACGUUCCAGGAUAAAAUUUAAAAGAUUAAAACAAAGGCUUGCUAAGAUUGCACUUUCAAAAGAGCAUUAAAUGCAAUUACAAAACAAAAUUGCUGAGUGUUUCUUUAAACUAUACAGAAUUGCACUUUCAUUUAAAAAAAAAAAAAAAAAAAGUUUAUUAAAAGCUGAGCUUGACCUCAAAACGGUAUAAAAAAAUUAAUAAAUGAGGAUCUAAGUACAACAAAAGAACAAUUGGCUUGCUUAGCCAACUUGCAUAGCAAAAGUUCGCAAGCUUAAAAGCUAUAAAAUGCUAACGUGUUUUUACAACGCUCCUAACUAAAGAUGUCCCGAUCACGUCAUUUUCAAAGUAUCGGAAUCGGCAAAAAAAAAAAUCGGACACGCCUUUUUUAAAAAAUUUUUUUUAAAUUAAAAUCGUUUUCUAAUUGUAUUUAACGUUACAGACAAAAUGUCUUACACUCAUCCAGAGUAGUUUUGCCUUAAAGUAGGGCUAUCAAAUUUAUUGCGUUAACGGCUAAUUGGUUUUUUAACGCAUGCGCUGCACGACCCACUCACGCAUUGUCGCGUUCAAUGUAUAAAGCAGUGUUUUACAUAUUGACAGCGCUAUAAGGCAGCGUAUAAUGAGUAGAGAAAAUUUUGACAGCUUUUGGAGCCAUUUUUUAUGUGGCUAAAGCCUUACAAUACCUCUCUCAGCAUUUAAAAAUGACGUGGGAGACAAUGUGGGGACGAAAGGUAGUAGUUGAUCAUUUUCUUAACACCCUAUGUUCUUUCCCAACGCAGAGAAGAUAUAUCAAUUGGUGCCCCUACGCACAGUCAUGGUUGCACUUCCCCUCAUGCAUUUGGGCAGAAGUUAAAUGGCUACAGUAUCAUUUACUGAAAGCUCAACAAAUACACUAGAUGGCAAUAUUUAGUCACAAUAUACAAAGUCACAUUUAUCCUUUAAGAAUUACAAGUCUUUCUAUCCGUGGAUCCCUCUGACAGAAAGAAUGUUAAUAAUGUAAAUGCCAUCUUGAGGAUUUAUUGUCAUAAUAAACAAAUACAGUACAGUACUUAUGUACUGUAUGUUGAAUGUAUAUAUUUGUCCGAGUUUUAUUCAUUUUUUUCUUAAUGCAUUGCCAAAAUGUAUAUGAUCGGGAAAAAUUAUCGGGAAUGAUUGGAAUUGAAUCGGGAGCAAAAAAAAGCAAUCGGAUCGGGAAAUAUCGGGAUCGGCAGAUACUCAAACUAAAACGAUCGGGAUCGGAUCGGGAGCAAAAAAACAUGAUCGGAACAACCUUACUCCUAACAAAUCGUUCAAACGUAUAUUCCCACAAAAACAACGGCUAAAUACACCUCUAAACUAAAGUAGGAAUGCAUAAAAAACAUAUUAGCUCAAACAAAAACUUACAUCAUGUUGGUCUUAACAUGUAGCAGCUGGAUUCAGCCAAGUUAAAUGAGAUGUCAUAUUCAAUGUUGCCACCAGAGUGCAGUGUAUCCACCCAAAUCAAUAAAACUAAAUAGAAACACUUUCAAAACAAACCAUGACGAUGCCACUCUAAAUAAACGAAUACUCAAAGUAGCAAUAUUUGAUUCAACGCUUUUUUCAUAAUCAAAUUACUCGAGUUAAUCGAUUAAUCGUUGCGGCACUAUAGAUAUCACAUGCAUAUAGAACUAGAUGCGAAAUGACAGAUUCGGCGGUGUGAGUAAACAGCCGCCAUUUUAAAGAAGUAAACUUCUCAGGCAGGCUCUUGUGAUGAACCUAACUUUUUAUCUAAAAUACCCCUAAAUCGGCAAAAUCUUGACUUAAAUCUAUCUUUAAAUCCUGAAACAGUUUUAACACAUUCUCAAGUCAAAAGUAGACAAGGGAAAUGAAACUAAUGUGAUAACGGGAGCAUUUUUAACAACUUUAACGGUUGAUUCACAACAUUAAAUGACUUCCUAACAUAGCAAAGGUUACAAUCUAGUUAUGUUUAGGCAAGCCCCUGUGUCUGCAAUACCCCUAUUUCUAGUUAAGUUUAGGGUAAGGAAUUUGGCUAGGGCCUAUUGUCCCAAAUACCCUUUGAACUUCACAGAGUAAACUAAUUCUUCACGCCACCGUGCCAACAGCAGGCGUGGUUUGCAGGCUGCGUGAUUUGUAUGAGGCAUGGCUCUGGGCUGCAGUCAGACCCAUGUCUUUAAAAUGUGAAAAUCUCCACCAAACCAUUGAGAACCGUUUUAGAAGUAUGUCCCAAAAACAUUUCUUUAAUGUCUAGUGAAACAUUAUGGCCAUUUCAUGAAUGAUUGAAGUGCAAAUCCUACAUUGUGCACCUUUACAAUUAACAUUUAUUAAUUACUAUUAUAUAUAUUACACACUGUCUGAAUUCAGGUCCCUUAACCCCUUCGGAAAGUUUCAUCUAAUCGUCUCCUAGGAGUGGCAAUAGCAACUAAAUUCAGUGUAUUAAUUGGUUUAGAGACGCAAACGCGUCAUGUGCUUCAUGGCAUGCUUCGGUCUGAAGGGGAGGUAACGGGGAUAAUUAUGUGUGAAUGUUAAUGAACGGUUUCGAACUGGUUGGUUCACAUGGAACUAUGCUGUGAACGGGUGGAUAAAAACCACAUGAUGAAGGUCAAAUUUGUAGAAAGUUCAAUAUCAUGAGGCAGAGCGGCUCAAUGGCUUUUGUUUUCAACAGCAUCAUAUUAACACAUAGGACAUCUGUCACCACAAAGGUAUGCUUUAAUUGUUAUUUCCUAGCCUUUUUUUCCAUAGACGAGCAGGUAUUUGUAAAUUUUGUGAACUUCUUAUUCAUUGUAA